CAGUCGCGACAGUCCAAAAAUAUUAUCGAAUGUACUUUGAUAAAACCACACCUGAGGAAGCGCGCGUGCCAUGACUAAUAUCCCUCUCUUGAUGUCUCGGAAUGUGUAUAACAGCGACCGGAGAGGCAGACUGGGGAAAACGGAGAGGGGGAGGAGAAGAAUCUAAAGUAACGCCGUGAAAUUGCAUAAAACAUGCCAUUGAGCACUCAGCGCACUUCCACACCGAUCUCUCUCCGCACGCUCUGGAAGUUCAGAGCUGCUUGUGAAGGGACGAGCUUCAAGUGCAUUCCAUGGACCAGUAUCUCAACAACAACUGUCCCUUCUUAAAAUGUUGGAUGUGUAUUAUGUUAGUUGAAGGACAGAGUUUUCUAGAAACCUGCUGCUGAAAGCUGCAACGUGAAAAAGAGGAACUUUCAACAGACUCUGCUCAUACUUCAGAGAUUUGUUCCCACUUUUUUUUUCUAAAAUGCACUUAUUUGGAAUUUCUAUCUUCUGUAUUGCAUUGCUUUAUGCAAACCUUGCUUUGGAGUCAAGUCACGACUACUACGAUUAUGACCAAGAUCAAGCAGAUGCCCUGGAGCAUUCAGAGCUAGACCUGGUGGAGCAGUUGCGUUCGGCGGGUAGUGUGGAUGAACUUAUGAGGAUAGUUUACCCCAGCUACUGGAGCAUGCUGAAGUGUCGUUCCAAGGCAGGAGGACGCUUCCCUCACAGAGAGCGCAGCUCCACAGAAACAAGGUCGGAGGAGGCCUCCUUUGCGGCUGCUUACUUCAACUUUGAAAUACUUAAAAGUAUUGAGACAGAGUGGAGAAAGACCCUGUGCAUGCCACGCCAAGUUUGUUUAGAUGUGGGGAAAGAGUUUGGGGCAGCUACAAACACCUUCUAUAAACCACCCUGCGUGUCUGUCUACAGAUGUGGGGGCUGCUGUAACAGUGAAGAGCAUCAGUGCAUGAACAUCAGCACUUCCUACAUCAGCAAGACGCUGUUCGAAAUUACAGUUCCUAUCAAGCAAGGGACCAAGCCAGUCACCAUAAGCUUUGCCAAUCACACUUCCUGCAGCUGUCUGUCAAAACUGGAUGUGUACCGACAACGACACUCAAUCAUACGAAGGGCCCUACCAGAAUGUCAUGUGGCAAAUAAAACAUGCCCGAAGAAUCACAGCUGGAGUAAUCCAUUAUGCAGAUGUGUGCCGCUGCCUGACACCCUUCUUUCAAAACCACAUUCUGACUAUUUUGAGCAAGACUUCUGUGGUCCAGAUAAAGAGCUGGAUGAGGAGACCUGUCAGUGUGUAUGUCAAAAGCAGCUGAGAACAGCAGGCUGUGGACCGAACCGCUAUCUGGACAAGAACACCUGUCAAUGCGUGUGUAAAGCACAGCCCUCCGUCUGCGGGCCUCAGCAGAGCUUCAACAAGGACACCUGCCAGUGCAUCUGUGCCAAGGUCUGUCCUAAGAGUCAGCCCCUCAACCGCACCAAAUGUGUGUGUGAAUGCACAGAGUCCCCUAACAAGUGCUUCUUAAAAGGAAGGCGGUUCCACCCAGGCACAUGCAGUUGUUUCAGGCCGCCAUGUAAUGUGGACCCCCGGAGAAGAAGAUGUAAAGAAAACGAGUAUUUCAGUGAGGAACUGUGUCACUGUAUACCCACAUACUGGGGGAGACUGGACUAAACACAACCAACAGGACAGGUGCCGCUGAAUGCUAACGGAGACACUGGCAUUUGGAGUAGUGCUAAUGUUUGGCUACUGCUUAUUAGACUCACAUGUGCUGGUCAUGUGGACUAGCAUGGAGUAAUGAUUCGUUAAUGGGAGACAAGAAAUGUCCACAUCCAACCACACAUAUCAGGCAUGGUAGGAGCUAUCAAAGACCAAGAGAGAUUUAUAAAGGCUGGAGCCAUGUUUUUUUAUUGUUUUAAUUGAAAUGUCUAUUCGUUAUUUGUCAGAUAAUGAUUAUAUAAUUUAUUGCCAUGAAAUGUUUUGAAACGCCCUUGUUCAUAGCAAUUUCGAAUCUCUUGCGAAGAAAAACACUGUGAUCACUAUUUUUGUAUCAUGUUAAGUCCCGUAAAAUAAAGUAUAAAGUUGUAUUAUAUAUUGUUAACUUAUUUAUAAGCUAGACUAUCUUAUUGAAAUAGUACAGCACAUGAUUCAAAUGUAUUAAGUUUUGACUACCAAAUAUAUGCACCUAUCAUUGCAGAUUAAAUCAGUGCAACCCGGCGAAGAGAUGCACAAUUUUUUUUGUGCUGGAAACAUUGAUUGUUAACAUUUAAGAGACCAUUAUAGGACUCGAGUCACAUACAGCAGUGUUUUCCAGUUGGAACAUGUGAUAGUAGUGGGAAAAGGAUUCUAAAACCUGGACAUGGCCUGUUAAUAGCUGAAAACUGAAAACAUUAAUAGCUGAAAAUGGGAGAUACAUGUUUGAAGUUCCAUUAGAGUUACACGUAAGUGGCACAUUUACACUUGGAUGGAUUCCCUGAUUACUAUCAUCUCCAACAUGCCUCUUUAAAUGGAAGCAGUAUAAAGUGAGAAGGUGGGAUGUCAUCUUGGACUUUUUGGACUUACAGCUCACACAUGCAGUGCGGCCAGAGUGUAUAGGCCGCAGAAUGGAUGUGUAAAUAGAAGCAAUGUGAUUGGCCCGACUCCAUCUGAUAUCCGCCCACUGUUUCAGCUUGACACUGUAAAUAUAAUAAAUCACAUCUGCUUCCAUCCCAGUCAUUGCAUCUGUUCGUGCCAAAUGUGUGCGUGUGAGUUUUCUUUGUCUCUCAUUCCAUAGAAACCCCCUGUAGCUCCAUGAUAGAACCAUAACCUUCAUCGGAUGGAUAGCAUCAUAAAUGAGCUCUAAACCUAAAUCCAGCACUUUUUUUUCUUCUUCUAGCAUAUUCAUACAGCAGGUGGCCUCUUUUCCUCAUGUCUUAACCCCAGCCAACACACAUGCAGAUAUGCACACAAAUCCCUGUUUCUCUUUUUCUGCUGGGCAGUUCAGAUCUAGGGUCGCAUCACUUUUACCAGGGUUUUGCAUCUGGACUGUAUUACACUCUCCCCUCCACCUCUUUUUUUUAACAUAGCAUACUCAGACAUGCUACCAUAGACUCUAUACUCUAAAAUUAUGCACAAUUUGUCUUUUUCCAACUGCAACGAGGGUUUCCCUGUUGCCUGGGUUGAAUCAGAUUGUACCAUAGCCAUCUGCAUCCGCUGCACACUCCCAGGAGAGACCUGAUAAAUAUAACAUGUGUGGACUCACAGUGAGUCACCAUGAAAUAACUAGAAACAGCCGCCCAGUCAGUGGAUAUGAGUAUUUAAGAAUGGGGGAUGCCAUGUCUAGCCUGAUUUCCAUCCUCUGCCUAGGCUCACUUACCUUUUUCACAGUGGUAAAUGGGGAUGAGGUGUUUGUAUAUUCAAAAGAACUUAAAAUGAAAACAAGUUCAGGGAUUGUACAGACAACUAAAUAAAUUAGUUUGUUCAGAGUUUCAGGCAUCCCAGCUAGUAUGUUUAUGCAAUAUAAACAUAAAUAAGCGACGAAUGAAAUACAGAAUGACAAUGACUUUACGGGGAGUCACAUAGACUGUACAUAGUCAAAAAAUUUCAAAAAGCAUAAAUAUAUUACACUGAUCUAGAACUAUUUUCCCGUGUGUGUGGUCUCAGGAACCUCGGCCAGAGGUCAUCAAAUAAAUCCUCAAGUUCAAUAAAGCUAUAAUUUCUUCCUGUGUUCUUCACUGAGUGGGAUCCAUUAUCAUACACCUGGCAUCAGUUAGGUGUAUGAUAAUCUGCAACACCGAUUAUUUGGCAGUCAAUGCGGACCUAUCACGAACAGGAUGGCAUGCAACUUGACUCACAUUUGCAUGAUUUCAGUAUAGAUUCUGAUGUUGCAAUUUGUUAGGGAUGUUUUUGUCUUUAUGCACAUUAUCCUCACAGAUCUGCAUUGUAUACAUGUAAUGUACCUUGAGAGGAAAUACACUCCUCUUGUUUGUGGCAUUACAGAGGAGCAGGCAAUCAAGUCAAUAGUCCUGUCCUGAAGCCUAAGUCUGAACUUCCUGUCUGUGUAUUUAUGCCUGCACAUCCAUGUCUGCAAGCACUCAAAAAAAUUCUAUAAAAGUGUUACAUGUACAGUGGCCCCAAAAUACAUGUUUUUCUUCAUUCUGAGAAAUAUACACUCACUGAGCACUUUAUUAGGAACACUGUGGUCCUAAUAAAGUGCCCGUCAUGGUCGGCUGCUGUUGUAGCCCAACAGCCUCAAGGUUUGACAUGUUGUGCAUUCUGAGAUGCUAUUCUGCUCACUAUAAUUGUACAGAGUGGUUAUCUGAGUUACCUUAGCCUUUCUGUCAGCUCAAACCAGUAUGGCCAUUCUUCGGUAACCUCUCUCAUCAACAAAACAUUUCCAUCUGCAGAACUGCCACUCACUGGAUGUUUUUUUGCUUUUGGCAUCAUUUUGAGUAAACUCUAGAGACUGUUGUGCAUGAAAAUACCAGGAGAUCAGCAGUUACAGAAAUACUCAGACCAGCCCGUCUGGCACCAACAAUCAUGCCAUGGUCGAAAUCACUGAGAUCAUAUUUUUUCCCAUUCUAAUGAUUGAUGUGGACAUUAACUGAAGCUACUGACCUGUAUCUGCAUGAUUUUAUGUGUUGCACUGAUGCCAUAUGAUUGGCUGAUUAGAUAAUCACAUCAAUAAGUAGGUAUACAGGUGUUCCUAAUAAAGUGCUCGGUGAGUGUAUAUACAGUAUGUUUUAUAAUGAAACCUAACAAACUUCUUUUUGUGAAAUGUUUUGCUUGAAAAGUGUGAUAUAUUUCUUUCAAAUAAAUUCCAUUGGUUUGAUAUUAUUUUAUGUACAACAUAAUUGGAUUACAAAGUAAUUAGUUACUGUAAUCUAAUUACUUUUAGGAACAAAAAGUAGUGUAAUGCAUUACAUUUUAAAUUCUUGUAAUCAGAUUACAUAUACAGACUUUCAAAGAAAGUAAUUACUUUUCAGUACAU